AUGGCUUAUGCUCAUCUUCUUUCUCUUACUCACGUUCUACAGCGCACGCUGAAAUAUGAUUGUUCAUAUCUUCUUCCUGGUGAGAAACAACAAAUCGAUUCCCUCCUCGAAAAAGUUGUCUACUUGCAAGAUUUUCUUGAUAAUUUUCCGCUAGAAAACAUCGAAUCAAUCGAAGGUUUGGAGAGAAAGAUCAGCGAUGCAGCAUGUCAAACUGAAGAUAUCAUUGAAUCCUGCAUUGCAGAUCGAGUUCUUAAAAAAUCUGCAAGUCAUGUUGGAUACAUCUUUAAAACUUUAUUUUAUGUCUUUACAACUUUAUGGCAUAAAACAGCGAAGGAUGACAUCUUUACAACUUCAUUCCAUGAAAUAGCCACACUAAUUGAAGAAGUUGAUUCCAUAAAGACAAGGACAAAGAAGAUUGAGGAUGAGAGUGGCAUACAAGAAGGUUUGGAUUGCAGCACCUCGUUGCCUGUUGGUUCAUUAAGACCAGUUUCUUCAGGUCAGAGCACUAUGGUUGGUCUUGAUGAUGCCAUGGUGAAGAUCAAGGAUCAUCUAGUCAGCAGUUCAUCAAAACUUGAAGUUGUGUCAAUAGUCGGCAUGGCUGGCAUCGGUAAGACUACACUCGCUCACAAAGUUUACAUUGAUAAAUAUAUUGAGCAUCACUUUCACAUUUGUGUUUGGUGCACUGUCUCUCAAAAAUAUAAUGGUCGAAAAAUCCUACUAGGCCUCUUAGAUUCUAUGGAAAAUCAAAUUGACACACAUGGAAAGUUCAAUGAUCAAUUAGGAGAACUUCUGUACAAGAAGCUAAAGGGUAGGCGGUAUCUUCUUGUAAUGGACGAUGUGUGGGAUAUCGAGGCCUGGGAGAGUGUGAAAAGAUAUUUUCCAGAAGACAAAACUGGAAGUCGAAUCCUUUUGACUACUAGGCUCGAGAGUGUGGCUAAUGAUAUCAACUCUGGCCCUCGUCUUCAUCAUGUGCGUUUUCUGAACGACAAAGAAAGUUGGAAGUUAUUUUGUCAAAAGGUGUUUGGAGAAGGUUUUUGCCCUCCUGAAUUGGAAGAAAUCGGCAAGAAGAUUGCUCAAAAUUGUCAAGGACUUCCACUUGCAGUUGCUGUGAUUGGGGGCCUCCUAUCAAAGGCCACUAAAACACCACAUUAUUGGAGAAGUAUUGCAGAAAAUUUACGUUCAGAAAUAACUUCAAAUGAUGAGCAAUGCUCUAAGAUUCUUUCUUUAAGUUAUAAAAAUUUGCCUUAUCAUUUGAAAGGGUGUUUUCUAUACAUGGGAAUUUUUCCGGAAGAUUUUGAAAUAAGAGUCAAGGUACUUACCAAGUUGUGGGUUGCAGAGGGAAUCCUCAAACCAGCAAGCUAUAAAACGUUGGAAGAUGUAGGAGAGGAGUACUUUUUGGAUCUUGUUCAAAGAAGUCUUAUUUUGGUUCGAAAGAAAGGGUCCAGUGGGAAAAUUAAAACUUGUACAAUUCAUGAUCUGUUACGGGACCUUUGUGUCAGGGAAGCUCAAAAGGAGAAGUUUUUCCACGUCGUUGACAGGAGUUUCUAUCGUACUAAAGAAAUCACUAGUAUGCGCCGUGUAAGUAUUAAAGCACCAGAAUCAUUUAUUCCAUUUUACUAUGCGGCUAAAGGGACUCUCCAGGGUGAUGACAAAACACCAUCGUCUUUAAAGGGAUUGCUUCAUUCUUCAAUUGUAAAAGCUUCUUGCGAUUCUAGGUCACUUAAAGUGCUGCAUAUCGAGGGAGUGGAUUAUUUGCAAAAUGGAAUGCAAGAAUUGGUUAACAUGCGGUACUUCAAUUCCAACUCUGAGUACAAUAUUGCUUCAAUAUAUAAAUUUCGGAAUCUACAAACAAUAAUUAGUCACGACAGGAUCCAUAAUCUACAACCAGAAAUAUGGAAGAUGCCACAAUUAAGACAUGUCAAGUUGAAAUUUACUGCAAGUCUUCCUGAUCCUCCCAUUUCAGAAAUUAAGGGGGAAGAAAAUUCUAUUGUUGUUCUAGAAAACUUGCAAACACUCUCAAUGAUACGUGGAUUUAGUUGGACAGAGGAAGUCCUAAAAAGAAUUCCAAAUCUACGGAAAUUGGCUAUCUGUUAUGAUUUUGCGACAGAGGCUGAUUGGAAAAAAUACCAUAUCAAUAAUCUUGUCCAUCUAACUAAACUUGAAUCAUUUAAAUGUCGUAUUAGAUAUAGGUGCUCUGAAUUCCUAGUCGAUCUCACUUUUCCAACAUCACUCAGAAAAUUGAUUUUAGACGGCAUCAAAUUUCAUCCCUCCAAAUUGCCAAUUCUUGGUUCGAUGCCAAAUCUUGAAGUGCUGAAAUUGAGAUUGAGUACCUUCCUUUGUCAGGAGUGGGAACCAAAUGAAGGAGAGUUUCUUAAAUUGAAAU